AUGAGCUUUAAAAAAGGAGAUUUUCGUCAUGACUUUGAAGUUAUUUGUCCAUAUAAUAAGAAACAUUAAAUGCCUUUUAGUAAAUUAUGGUUUCAUAUCACUAAAGGAUGCAAAGAUAAGAGAGAAAAAGGUAUCUAUAUAAUUUAUUUUAGGUCAUAAAUAUGAUACUUGUCCAUACAAUUGUUUGCAUAUUAUUCUUAAAUCAAGAAUGGAAAAUCAUAUUUCUAAAUGUAGAUAUAAUUAGUUAGAUACAAAAAAGGCAGAAGAAUCUGAUUUAUUUAAAGAAAUGCAAUUAAUUGCUGCUUAAUAAUUCAGCAACAAUACAACUUAGAAAAAUAGUUAAUAAGUUUAAUAGUAAUAAAAUUUUCAAUAAAAUAAUAAUCCUUAACAUGAAAUGCCAGAGUGGAGAGCAAUUUUUGAUUCAUAAAGUGAGAUUAAUGCAGAUGAUAUUAGAGAAAUUAAUGAAAUAAGCAAUUAAAAUUAUGAAGAUGAAUUCGAAGAUUCUUUUAGAAUGAAUUAAGGAUCUUCUAGUUUUUCUAAAAGUUUUUAAUCUUCUGCUGCUAAAGAAAAGUCAUUAAAUGAUGAUAAUGAUAAUUAUUAUUAUUGA